AUGCCGGCCGGGCCCUCCUGGCCCGAGGCGGCGGCGCUGGUGCUGCUGGCCCUGGCUCUGCUGAUCACCCUGUGCCGGCACCUGUGGGCGCUGCGCUGGAGCCUCAGCCGGGACCGCGCCAGCGCCCUGCCCCUGCCCAAGGGCUCCAUGGGCUGGCCCUUCUUCGGGGAAACUCUGCACUGGCUGCUCCAGGGCUCCCGCUUCCACAGCUCUCGGCGGGAGCGGUACGGAAAUGUCUUCAAGACCCACCUCCUGGGCCGGCCUGUGGUGCGGGUGACAGGCGCUGAGAACAUCCGCAAGAUCCUGCUGGGUGAGCACACGCUGGUCAGCGCACAGUGGCCCCAAAGCACCCAGAUCAUCCUGGGCUCCCACACUCUGCUCAGCUCCACUGGUGACCUGCACCGCCAGCGCCGCAAGAUCCUGGCCAGAGUCUUCAGCCGUGCCGCCCUGGAGAGCUACCUGCCGCGGAUCCAGAAGGUUGUGAGCUGGGAGCUGCGGGGCUGGUGCAUGGAGCCAGGCUCUAUUGCAGUUUAUUCCUCCGCUAAAACCUUAACUUUCCGCAUUGCAGCUCAGAUUCUGCUGGGGCUCCGCCUGGAGGAAAAGCAGUUCAAGGAUCUGGCCAAAACUUUUGAACAGCUGGUGGAGAACCUCUUCUCCCUGCCCCUCAACAUACCCUUCAGUGGGCUGCGCAAGGGAAUCAAAGCACGGGACAUGCUACAUAAGUUUAUGGAGAAGGCUAUACAGGAAAAACUGCAGAGAAACAACCCAGAAGACCACAGCGAUGCUCUGGAUUUCAUAAUGAACAGUGCCAAGGAGCAUGGCAAAGAAUUCACCAUGCAGGAGCUAAAGGAAUCAGCAAUUGAGCUCAUAUUUGCUGCUUUUUUCACCACGGCUAGUGCUAGCACCUCUCUGAUCCUCCUGCUAUUGAAGCACCCCUCAGUGAUUGAAAAAAUAAGGCAGGAGCUGAUGUCCCAUGAGUUGUACCAGCAGAGUGAGUGCUGCCCUGCAGGACCCUGCCUGGACACCCUGACCGUCCAGAGCAGGGACAGAGAGAAACCACUUUCCCACCCCAUGGCCAACGACAUUCACAAGGACCAGAGCCAGCCCCCAGCCUCAGUGGAGAAAGAUUCCCUCCAGCCCAGUGCCCUGCUGGAGCCCACUGUCCCCCGGCGCACCCCCUGCCCCGGCCCCCAGCUCCCGGCGCCACCAGGGCAAAGCUGUCACUGCACCACAGACAUCAGCCUGGAGAAGCUGAGCCGCCUGCGCUACCUGGACUGCGUGAUUAAAGAGGUGCUGCGAGUGCUGCCCCCAGUCUCCGGAGGCUACAGAACGGCACUGCAGACUUUUGAGCUCGAUGGCUACCAGAUCCCCAAAGGCUGGAGCGUCAUGUACAGCAUCCGUGACACCCAUGAGACAGCUGCUGUCUAUCAGAGCCCCCCCAGCAGCUUUGACCCCGAGCGCUUCGGCGCCGGCCGGCCGGAGGCUGCGGGCCGCUUCCACUACAUCCCCUUCGGCGGAGGGGCACGGAGCUGCAUCGGCAAGGAGCUGGCCCAGGCCAUCCUCAAGCUACUGGCCAUCGAGCUGGUCAGCACGGCCCGCUGGGAGCUGGCCACCCCUGGCUACCCCAGCAUGCAGACUGUGCCCAUCGUGCACCCUGUCGAUGAUGGGCUGCAGCUCUACUUCCACCCCUUGCAGCCCAGCCAAGGCCAUGAGGCCUGAGCCAGGGAGGGCUGCACUGCUCCCCUCAGCCCUGGGGCUGAUGUCCCUCCACAGCUGCCAGGAGCAGGUCCCUGCUGCCCCAGGCUGGGAAUGCUACUGGGUUACUGCUGAACAAAACCUUAAGGGUCUUUCUCUUUUCCUUUCCUGGUAUACAGGCUGGUAGGGUGUGCAGGGUGCUGCAGUAGGGUGUCCUGCAGAGUCCCACUCCUGAGCACUGGGGCAAAAUCUGCUGAAGAUGCUGGCAGGGUGCAUGUGCCAUGGGGGCUCAGCCCCUGCCCCAUACAGGCCCCCAGCUACCAGGGAUGGGGAGCAAAAUUCCCAGACCCACAGCUAAGACUCCCAGGGUUAUCUCCUGUAGGUGCGUUAUAGGAGAGGCAGAACAUCCUGCACACUGUAGCUUUUUAGAUGAAAAAAAAGGGAGGUGGGGGGCUCUGCAGGAAAACACAAACCAGAGUUGCCCAAUCCCCAGCAUCAACUCUAGCUAGAAUAAUAGGGUGUAAAGUGGUUUUUGUUGUAAAUAUUUAAUCUCAUUCAUGCACUUCCCAUUAGAGUUGGCACAAAGAGGAUAUGUCUCAUUCGCCCACUAGUAGUAGCUGUGUAUGUUGUGCUUUUGCACUGUGCUGCUGCUUGGGGUCUGCCAUGAAGCCAUCUCUGAGGAUAUUCUCCCCAGCCACAGCCUGCCCAUGGGAUUGGACUGAAGCAGGGGGAGGGGGCUUUGGGGGACAAAUGUUUAGAAAACAGACAUUUCUGAAUAUGUCUGAUUUAUGGUACAAAGUCCCUUGUUCCUGAUGAUGCUGUUCACAUGGCAGAGGGGACAUUUGCAAGGUGACACAGGCCCUGUGGUAGCUGGCUGGCUGGCCAGACUGACUAUCACCUCUGUCAGCCCAGCUCUGCCAGGGAAAGUGUCAGGACAGCAGUUCCAUGCAUCUGUCCAGGGGGUGGUACCCGAGGCUAAACGUGGGUGCUGAGGGCACCCUUUAAAAUGGCUUUUGAGUACCCCUGCAGGGUAUUUCUCUCCCAUGUAAAAUAAAAUGAAGUGAGUCCUGUGUUUGUGUACUGAGAAAGGAGCUGGGCACAGGUCCUUGAUCCACGAUGACACAUUUAUACGUUUCUUUCAGCUUCACUUCUACUCCCCACUGUCAUGCAAUUCUGUGUGAAUGCAGUGGGAAAAUAAUCCUCCUUGUCCCUCCAGAGCAUCCCCUGCCUACUGGUGUCUGUGUGCUCUUGUGAAGAACCAGCCUGCCCUGUGAGGGCCAAAACAUGGCACGAAGAUGGUGUCUCUUUGGAAAGGCUCUGGGGAGCUCUCCAGUCUCCUGAAACUCUAUCAUCAUCCUGCUUGGGUGCUAGAGAUGGCCUUGCCCUGGCCAAUGCCCCUGCCUGGCCGUGCUGGGGCACAGCAGCAGGGAGUGUGCUGGAAGGAGGGCUGUGCAGCGACCACCACACUACCUCGGGCAGAAACCUCCUGGCUCCUAAACGUGACAGGUCAAAUCUGGAAGAGGUUGAACUGCAGGGCUGAGUUAAGUGCUGUUGGCAACUCGACCCUGUAGUGAACCAGAGCCUCUGGCCCUCCUGACCUUGUCCUGAAAGGUGAAUCUUUUUGCCUAUCAGAGGUGAAAUCAGUAGAUGGUGGCUGCAAGUGGCAAUGACUAACUUUAAUUAGCAGGAGCUACUGGCUGGCUGAGGCCGCAGGCGAUUCAGGGUCUCACCGCGGGCAGGACUUGGGCAGGGCUGGGCCUGCAGCGUCCGGCACCCUGGGCAGGAAGGUCAGGGCUCCUCCAGCCAGCAGCGCACUUAAAAAUUACCCUGAGCGCCAACAAGCCCGCUGAAAAAUGAAACAUGGAUCUAGUUUAAAAAAAAAAAAAAGAAACAAAAAGAAACUGAUAAACUGAAUUUGUUUGCAGAUAAACACGAGCAUUUACAAAUGAAGUGUAAUAAUUGUUACUUGUAAUCAAAGUUUGUUCAUAUUAGGCUGUUAAUUUCUUGACCCCCUUCCAAGAUGUUUUUAAUUAUCCCUUUCACUCUUUACCAUUUGAUUCUUUUCAAGCCGAUGGCUGGGGAAUACACAGCUGGGAAGAUAAUAAAGCCUUCCUGUGGCAAUUAUCGGUGCUCAGGCCAC